GUAUGGCUGACUACGGCUGACUGCCUAAGAUACCCAAAGAUGCAGGAAACAUUAGAGAAGACACCUCUUCUGAAGGAUCAUAAAAGUAAAGAGUACACCUUCAGUCUUUGGGAGAAAUACACGUCAUGUCGAUGGCAGGUAGGAAUCAUCGCCGGCUUGGCCAUGUCCUGCUCCAUACUACUCAGACUCAACAUGACCAUGGUGGUAGUGUGUAUGGCGGCUGGAAACCUAACGGUCACAGUGGUACAAAAUGGCACUGACGUCACCAUACGCGAUCCAUACCUGGACAACUACGUAUACUGGGAUAGCGCUAUGGAAGGAUUGUUGAUCUCGGGUUACUAUAUAGGGCAGGUCUUUACCUCCCUCCUCUUCGGAACCUUAUCGGGAAGGAUCAGCGGCAAAAAGUUUAUUCUCUUUCUGACGUCAGUACUUAUUGUGACAUCGUUUGUGACGCCGGCCUUAACAUUCGUCAAUCCCUACCUCGUCCUAGUAACACGUAUAUUGAUUGGCAUAGCAACAGGAGGAUUAGAACCUUGUGGCACCCAGCUCUUGUCCAAUUGGGCCCCUCUUCCUGAACGGGCCCAGAUGAUGUCGAUCACAGAACAGGCCAACAGUAUCGGCGGGAUAGGGAAUUUCCUGCUGUCGGGUUUUAUAUGCAACAUACCGGUACUAGGAGGUUGGCCAUUUAUAUUUUACAUAUUUGGUGGGAUGAAUGUGAUAGCGAUGACUCUAUGGAUUUUCUUGGUUUAUGACAAACCAGAACAACAUCCUUGGAUCAAGCCGAAAGAAGCAGAAUAUAUCAACCGGCAUAGAACUAAAUCACAUGGGAAGAAACUGAAGGUUCCAUGGUUGAAGAUGCUUACGUCGGCACCGGUGUGGGCAUGCGUACUAGGUUAUUUGACAUCCGGGACCCUAUUUAUGGUCAUGGCUGUUUGUUUACCGCUAUAUAUAGAACAAGUUCUCAAAUUUGACGUUGGAACGAAUGGUUUAGUAUCGGCAUUGGCAUUCGUUGGCCGAUUUAUUGGAGCUCUAGUAUUUGGAUACCUGUCUGAUUGGGUCUUUACAAAGGGAUGGUUGACACUGAAAACAAUCAGGAAGACGUGUCAUGUUUUUGGCACAAUUGGUUCUGUGCCAAUUAUCAUCGGUAUCAGUUUUCUCCGACAAGAAGACCAGGUACUCGCUGUCGUACUCAUAACUUUCUACUGGUUCGUGCUGACCUGUAUGAACUGUGGUUUCCGGGUUAAUCCGGCCGACAUUGCUCCCAGGUUUGCUGGCGUGAUAAGUGGGAUGUGUGUUUUCCUCAACAGCGCGGUUUCUCUGUUUGUCCCCUUGUUAGUAACGGCUGUAACUCCAAAUGGUACGGCUGAUGAAUGGCAGAGCGUGUUUUACGGAUGUGUGGGUGUGUCCGUGACAGGAGCUGUCACAUUUGUCGUGUUUGCCAGCGCGGAGGAACAGGAAUGGGCCAAAGAUCCCGAAGAGAAUAAGGAUAUGGUCAUCAAAGUGACGGGUAACAACAACAAUACUUUUGAUGACCAUCUCAGUCUGUCCACAGAAUUCAAGUCACUUCACCAAGGGAAGAACACUUACUCUUAGCGAAAAUUGUUUUAUUGUGUUGUAGAUCUACAUUGUUGGCACCGAAUCAAUUAUGAAAUGAUUGUUUCGACUUCGUGGUAUCUGUGUUUGUUUGCAUGAUAUAUACAUACGAAAUCUAAUAAAAUGCAAUGUUUGUUUGUU